AUGCUGUACGGUGGGGUUCGCGUCGGCUACUUAUCGCAGCGCCCUUUUCCUCUACACUACAUCAAAAGCGAGGAACUCCCGUCGCCGUCUUUGCAGCGUGAGCGCCACGACCUGGGCCUUGAAAUGCAGCUUCCGAAGGACUUGCACGGCUAUGACCAGCUGGAUAGAAGCAUCCAACCCCAAGUCGACCCAACCCACGGCGAGGACGGGGCGGGCGAGGAGGGGUUCGACAUGGGCGAGUACUUUUCCACCGCCUUCCAUCCGGAGCGCCACCACAACUCAUCGCCCCCGUACCGUGCGCACGACACGAACAACGUUAUGGGCCUCCGUGUGUUUCCGCUGAAUAUGGGCAUCCGUCUUCGCGUGGAGGGGGUGCGGAUUCGCACCAAAGACUGCUGGGAGCGCCUUCAGGACGCCAAGCUCUGUGCCCAGCGAGGGGUGCCCCUGCAGUACCCCCUUCCCUUCUACAAGCGGGCCCAAAUGAAAGACGAGGUGAAAAAUGCGGGUUUGAAGCCCUCCCAGGCCCUCGCGCACCUGCGCGGCGGCCCCUCCCACCCACCAUCCGCGGAACUCUCCAUUUUCACCCGCCCGCAGGACCAUCCGCGCGGCGGCGGCGGCGGCGGCCCCUCGUCCGGUCCGUCCUCCACCCGCGAGGCGGCUUUGGCGUACUUCCGCGAACGCCAUCGGCGGGGAGGGGGGGACGCCCCAACCCCGGGGCCUUCCUCCAGGCCGGAUCGUCGAUGGACCCCUUUGCAGAUGCUCAAACCCAUCCCCCACACCUGGUCGCCUGGGAUUCGGAGUUGUGGUACCCGAGGCCCCGCCAUGCAGCUCCUGCAAGAGCGCCUGGACCGGAAGGGCUUCGGGUGGAAACGGAAGUCGCGUUCACUUUGGCAGCAGGAUAUCGAUACCGCGGGAUUCCGCCCGCACCGCUUUUUUUAA